AUGGAGGGGUGUGAGCUCAUAGAGACACCAGAUCAAGAAUUAACAGAUUUCACCAAAUGCCUUCAGAUACUUCAACAGAAGAUAGAAAAGAAAGGCUUGCAGAUGGACACGAUUGUAGCUUUGGGUGGACUUGGAGGUCGCUUUGAUCAAAUCAUGGCAUCUGUGGAAACUCUCUUUCAUGCAGUUAAGAUAACCUCCUUGCCCAUCGUAGUUAUUCAAGAGUGUUCCCUAAUAUACCUACUUCAACCUGGCAAGCACAAACUUCUUGUGAACACGGGAUUUGAAGGGAAGUGGUGUGGUCUCAUUCCAGUUGGGAGCUCCUGUGAAUGCGUAACAACAACAGGUCUAAAAUGGAACCUCACAAAAUGUAUUUGUUGAGCACUUUAUAUUCAUGAAAACUUGUUUCUUGGAAAGUAGAAGCUGAAUUAUUCUAAAAUGGUAUUUCCAACAGACAAACAAAAUAGCAUUGGAGGAAGAUAGAUUAUACAAGCAACAUAUUAUGAUUCAAUUAACGAUCUUGAAUUUUCUCCAAAGCCAUUUCAUUUGCUAUUCAGAAUGAAGUGUUUGGGCCUAAAUUUUAUAAAGCACACAUAUGCUACAAUGGUUCCCAUUUGAAAGGGACAGAAUCUAUUUCUUGAUAGUAUAUCAAGAAAUAUACUUUUUUCCUUGGAUAGGUUGAUCAAGAUUCCUUUCUGAUCUUAAAAAUAAACAUAUUUGCAUUGUAAUUUUGUGAGGUAUUGCCAUAAAAUGAAUGGUCGAAUGUCAUUAUUUUAAAAUGCUUUUUCAAUACUUUUGUUAGCACAUACACACAAAUGCACACAAUAAGCCUAGAUUUAUAGCACUUCACAUCUUGCUGUUGAUGAGCUUGUUUUAAACUGUUAAAUGAAACAAUUGUGCAGAGGAAGUACAAAGAUAUAUUUGCAAUUGUAUAUGUUAAAGAGCAUAUAAUAUGAAUGACCAAAAUGUACUGAGUAGACACUUACAUGUAGACACUGGCAAUUCCAAAUGAAUAUUCUGAAUGCCAAUAUUCACUGGUCUGUUUUCUCAGUUUUUCAAAAUAAACUUCCAAGUAGUAAUCUAUCAGCGCUCAUGCUGAAUCACUUAAUUUUGGGGCAUUCAGACAAUUUGCUCGGGACACACAUGGAUCAGGGCAGUCUGUCAGCUGUAACUUCCUGUACACAAUCACAUGGUCUUCUCCUUGUGACCAAGUGCUGAUUACGUAGCUGGGAUUCUUCCAGUUGGACCCAAUCUUCAUGAAUGGAUCAGUCAAACUUUAUCUAUUAAUGUAAACAGGUUCAUUGACUGGUAAGUCUGACCUCCUUCCUCUGUAUAUAGUUGAAAUUAACAUAUUCCCUUCUAUUUGAACUGGGAGCAGGAUUAAAAUAAGCUAAACUUAUCCAAUAACAGUCCUUGGUCCAACCUGUUUGCU